AUAGCAAAUAUAAUAUAGAAACAGAGAGAGCCAGAGAAGUCGCCAGCAAAAACAAGGCUAGCUUCUGUUGAAGCACAAGUUGUACUUGUGUUUCAUCUCAAAUCGAUCAUCAAAAUACAAUAAUUAGGUGAAAUAGCUUCUCUGUUUGAAGCUUUACUCUCCAGUUUCUUCUGAUUCGCGGAGAGGCAAAAUGGGUCAAGCCUUUCGCAAGCUGUUCGAUACUUUCUUCGGCAAUUCUGAGAUGAGGGUUGUAAUGCUUGGCCUUGAUGCGGCUGGAAAAACAACUAUAUUAUACAAACUGCACAUAGGAGAAGUUCUAUCAACAGUUCCUACUAUCGGAUUCAACGUGGAAAAAGUACAGUACAAAAAUGUAAUUUUUACUGUGUGGGAUGUUGGUGGACAAGAGAAAUUAAGGCCACUGUGGAGACAUUACUUCAAUAACACAGAUGGAUUGAUUUAUGUCGUCGACUCUUUGGAUCGAGAGAGGAUUGGAAAGGCAAAACUAGAAUUUCAGGCCAUCAUCAGAGAUCCAUUUAUGCUUAAUGCAAUCAUCCUGGUUUUUGCUAACAAACAAGACAUGAAAGGAGCAAUGACACCAAUGGAAGUGUGUGAAGGCCUUGGUCUCUAUGAGCUUAAAAAUCGAAAAUGGCAUAUACAAGGUACAUGUGCUCUUAGAGGGGAUGGCCUAUACGAGGGAUUGGACUGGUUAGCCAGCACUUUGAAAGAACACAAGGCCGCGGGAUUCUCUUCAAUAGGCCCGUCCUUCUGAGUGAUCAGGCUUACUAACGAACUUGAACUUCUUUUCGAGGAGCAUCACUGAACAUCUGGCUAUUUAUAAGUUGGAGGGUCAUGAUCUCGCAAUGACAGUGUUUAUCCUUCUGUUCUUAGAUCUGUGUUUUUAGUGCUUAUGGAGCAGAUGAGGCAGUUGUUUCCUUAAUCUAGUGUGAUUCUUGGUCUUUGAUUCUGUUGUAUAUUUGAAACCUGGGCCUUGCAGAUUAUGUUAACCAGACACUAUGAACGCUUCUGUUGAUACCAACUGCAGUAUACUUCCAGGUGAAUAUGGUGACUAAUCAUCUAGUCUACAGAUGUCCAAUACAAGAUUUUUUGGCUCCAUCUUUCAUUGUGCCAGUUUUGA